GAGUGAUGCUCAAAUGAUCUAACGGUCAGUUUAUGUGGAACUUGUGGUUAAUGCAUGAAUCAGUCUUGUGAAGAAAUCCUGUCCCUGUGCAGUGUAUAAAUAAAGGGAAGUGAAGCCUUGCUUCUACAGUAUUUUGUUUUGUUCAUCAUUCAGACACCACUGUGAGCACCUCCCAUCGCAGCAUGAACAAUACAACUGAGCCCUCUCCUUCAGUGGCCCCUGAGGAGUUUGUUGGUGAGGUAGCAGUGGCUUGUGUGAUCCUUGGCUUGUCCUUCCUGGUUGGAGCUCCGGGGAACCUGCUGGUGAUCUGGACUAUCCUGAGACACGUCAAGCAACGCUCUCAUACUGUGGUACUGAUCCUGCACCUGGCUGCUGCAGACCUGCUGGUCCUCAUCACAUUGCCUAUUUGGAUAUACUCCCUGGCGGACACAUGGGUGUUUGGAGUUGCGCUGUGCAAGACUCUGGGGUAUGUCAUCAACGCCUGCAUGUACAGCAGCAUCUUCUUCAUCACCCUUAUGAGUGUGGAGCGCUAUCUAGCCAUCUGUCGUCCAUUUGUGAUGAUGCGCUGGAAGACCAAGAGCACUGUGAACAGAUGUCUUUUACUUUUUUGGCUCCUUGCUUUCCUUCUUGGGAUGCCUGCAUUGUCCGGUACUACUGGUGAAACAAAUGGAACUGAGCAGUGUCUAUAUAGGGAGUACACCUCUAAGACCCAAGAAAUUAUGUUUUUAUGCAUGGAGAUUUUGGUGGGCUUUGUAAUCCCUUUCACUGUUCUUAGUGUCUGUUAUUCUCUAGUAGCUGUGCAGCUCAAGAAAAUGAGGUUCAACUCAAAACAGAAAUCUAUGGUUCUUAUUCACGCUGUGGUGAUUGCUUUCACAGUGUGCUGGUUGCCUUACCACAUUAUCAACAUUAUUAAUCUGGAUUGCCGCCUGGGAUCGGACAUAGGACAUGAAUGUUUACCACAGAGUGUUACCCUUGGCUCUGGAGCCCUGGCUUUUAUCAGCAGUUCAGUGAAUCCUGUGUUAUACGCCUUCCUUUCAAGAAGCUUCCGAGGGAAUAUGGAGGACUCAAAGCUAGUCAGGCUGUUCCGGGAAGUAACCGCUCAAACAAACAAACUCAUGGACCUGUCAGCACAACAGGCGACUAACCAGGGGACAGCACAUACACAGCAAGAGUUAGUGUGUAUUCACACCAGGAAUGUCCGAUAGUUCACUUGCUUUGGUCCAGACCUUUUAAAAAAAACUUGGUUCGCUUUGUAUUCACAUUGCAUUUUUUGACAAGCGGACCAACAUUGUGAACAAACCCACAUGUGUCCCAUAGCUGCUCAAUCAGGGCCGUAUGCAGGGCCCAAAAAAUACUGAGGUCAUGAGUCAGAACUUCUAAGCGGUUACAGGGGCAUGCUCCCCUGGAAAGUGUUUUAAUUCCAUUAUUCAAAUCUGUCCAUUUUCAGAGUCUUAAGGAGCAAAAACAUCAUCAUUAUGACUUUUGAUUGACCUUUCUUUUGUUUGUUAUCAGAGAAUAUCACCCUCAUCCUAAUGAUUUGCAAAUGAAUCCCAUUUUAAAACUGGAGAAUGAAUUCAGCCUUUUUGUCCCUAUCCUGUUUUCCCUUUAGUGAAGAAUAAAAACACACACAGUCAAAAUACUAAACUGACAAUAUGCCAUUUAAAUUAUUUGUAUUCAGAUGUGUCAGAAAUCUUAAAAAACCUUGAGGGCGGUGCAGAGCUUUUGAAUAUUUGAGGUAAAAAUGGGGCAUAUUAUUAUUUUGAAAACCAGAUGUUUCAUUUUGUUUCUGCGCAAGACUUCCUGUCUCGCACACUCUGCUCUGUGCUGUGUUUCUGCGUUGUGCUCCGGCAUCUGGUGUCUACCAGAUAUGUUCGGCCAUAGACAUA